AUGUCCCUUCCGCAAAAAUCGACACAGUGGGUGGUCAAGACAUUCGACGGCCCAUCGGGGCUUGAAAUGCAGGUGGCUCCUAUCCCUCGCAUUGGACCCAAUGACGUGAUGAUAAAGAUUUACGCUAUUUCCUUGAACUACCACGACAUUGGCACCACCAGGGGCCAUUAUGAACAUUCCUUGAAAGAUGUCGUUCCCGUCUCGGAUGGAUCUGGGGUUAUCAUAGCAAUCGGGUCUAAUAUCCUUAACUUCCAGAUAGGCGACAGAGUCACAACAAUCAUGAAUGGAGCACAUCAAUCUGGUCCGAUAAAGCCACACUACAUGAAUGCCUUAUUAGGAACCGCUUAUCAUGGCGUCCUUCAAGAGUAUGCCGUCAUUCCAGCACAAUACGUCAUUACUCUUCCACGCAGCCUCAGCUUUCUUGAGGGCAGCACGUUGCCAGUGGCAGGGCUGACUGCCUGGAACGCUCUCUUCGGAGCCGGCCGCACUCUACUCCCAGGGCAGUGGGUUCUCACACAGGGCACUGGCGGUGUGAGCACCUUUGCUAUCCUUUUCGCCAAGGCAGCUGGCGCCAAAGUCAUUGCGACUACGUCCUCGGUUGAAAAGGCCAAAAAGCUCCGCGACAUGGGGGCUGACCAUGUCAUUAACUAUCGCGAAGUUGAGAACUGGGGUGUCCAGGCGCAGGCUCUUACUCCAGGAGAGGAGGGAGUUGACAUCGUAGUCGAAAUCGGGGGCGGUGUGACUCUAAAACAGUCUCUUGUUGCCGUUAAGAUGGACGGACUCAUCUCUGUGGUUGGAGUAAGGGCUGGUACUCACCCUCGAGAGCAGCCAGUUCUUAUGGAUAUGUUUUUCAGGUUCUGCACUAUACGUGUCGCAUACGUGGGCCCGCGCGUGCAAUUUGAGGAGAUGAAUCGUGCAAUUGAAGUUAAUAACAUUAAGCCGGUGAUUGAUGGGCGCAUUUUCAGCCUUGAAGAGGCCAGGGAUGCUUUCAAUUACUUAGAGAGCAUGAAUCAUUUCGGCAAGGUCUGCAUCGAGGUGGUGAAAAGUGUCUAA